AUGUCCGAUUUUCUGACUCUACCUCCUGAGAUUAUCAGAAACAUUUGUUUGAACUUGUCAUUGAGUGAUGUGGAAUCCUUUUCUCACGUACACCCCAUUCUGGAGUUGGUGAUUCCAAAUGUCUUUUUCCGUGAUAUGAAACGCUUGCACAUUGACUGGAAUAGCGAAGGGGUUGCACUUACUUUCUCUGGCAACUCAUUGGACAAUGAUUUUUCGAUCACUACUUCUACUCAUAAUUGGGAAGAAGUUGUUGAAUACUCCAAUUACGUGGAAGAAAUCAUCAUCACUAAAACAGAUGAUGCAAAGGAUUAUCAUAUUCUCGAAGUCAUUGCUGCUAAACAAUACAAACUGAAAAAUCUUGAAAUUCGUUUGAGAUCAGGGAAACGCUCUGUCAGCAAACAUACCAUCAACUACAUGUUUGUGCAAAUGACUUCCUUUGUGGGCAAACAUCGAAGCUGUCUUGAUCAUUUCCGAUUGGAAACUAACGCUGAUAACUUCAUUGAGUUCUAUGCUAAACCUGAAGCAACCAUCCGGUAUAGCCAUGAGUACGAUAUGGCUAUCUGUAAUCAGUUGAUUAUACCAUUAUUCAAUGUUAUGCUCAGAGAUCGACAAGGAAUGACUAGUGUCACUCUACAAAUCAACUGCAAAACUAAAGCUGCACUCGCACUCCAAACUGCAUUCCAAGCUGCCCUUCCCUUUGAGCACCGAGUUAAAGUUCAAGUUUUGAGAUUAGAAUUUGGAACUUGUAUCAGCCAGUUAUCAGAAGAAGAAAUGCACACCGUACUUGCGGCUUAUGCUCCCUAUUUAAACUCUACACGUAACCUACAGCAUCUCAUUUGUGAUCUCAGCAAUAGCAUGCUCGACCCCUCAAGUUUGGAGAAAUUGUACAGUGUGAUUUCUGAGGAGCUGCGAAACGAUCAACAUAGAAUAUCUAUCAUCACUUCGUCCGUUCACUUAACUCCUAACAAGGAGGGCGCCAGUAAAUGGUCGAAACAAGUACUUGUUUCCUAG